GGAAAACUUACCCAUUCCGUGGUGCAUUUCCACCUGUGUGGAACCCCUUGGCAUAUUUGGAUUACAACAAUCUGUGGAGGACAAUGGAUAAAAUGGGAAAAGAGAUCCCUGUUGAGGCACCGUGGCAAGCAAGACAUGCUGAGGAAUGGGACAAGAUGACCAUGAAAGAACUCAUUGAUAAAAUCUGUUGGACAAAAACUGCUCGGGAAUUUGCUUACCUUUUUGUGAACAUCAAUGUGACUUCUGAGCCUCAUGAGGUAUCCGCCCUGUGGUUCUUGUGGUACGUGAGGCAGUGUGGGGGCACCUCUCGCAUAUUCUCAGUCACCAAUGGCGGCCAGGAACGGAAAUUUUUAGGUGGAUCUGGCCAAGUCAGUGAACGGAUAAUGGUCCUCCUUGGGGAUAAAGUGAAGCUGAACUCUCCUGUUACUUAUAUUGACCAAACAGAUGACAACAUCAUUAUAGAAACACUGAAUCAUGAUCACUAUGAGUGCAAAUACGUAAUUAGUGCCAUCCCACCAGUUUUGACUGCCAAGAUCCACUUUAAACCAGAGCUUCCACCUGAGAGAAACCAGUUAAUUCAGCGACUUCCAAUGGGGGCUGUCAUCAAGUGCAUGGUGUACUACAAGGAAGCCUUCUGGAAGAAAAAGGACUAUUGUGGCUGCAUGAUCAUUGAAGAUGAGGAGGCUCCAAUUUCAAUCACUCUGGAUGACACUAAACCAGAUGGAUCAAUGCCUGCCAUCAUGGGCUUCAUACUUGCCCGGAAAGCUGAUCGACUUGCUAAACUACAUAAAGACAUAAGGAAGAAGAAAAUCUGUGAGCUGUAUGCCAAAGUUCUGGGAUCUGAAGAAGCUUUACAUCCAGUCCAUUAUGAAGAGAAGAACUGGUGUGAGGAGCAGUACUCCGGGGGCUGCUACACGGCCUACUUCCCUCCUGGUAUCAUGACCCAGUAUGGAAGGGUGAUUCGCCAACCAGUAGGAAGAAUUUACUUUGCAGGCACAGAGACAGCAACACAAUGGAGUGGCUACAUGGAAGGAGCAGUUGAAGCUGGAGAACGAGCAGCUAGAGAGGUCUUGAAUGCUCUAGGAAAAGUUGACAAGAAGGAUAUAUGGGUUCAAGAGCCUGAGUCCAAGGAUGUUCCAGCUCUUGAAAUUACCCACACCUUCUUAGAGAGGAACCUGCCUUCCGUGCCUGGUCUGCUCAAGAUCACUGGUUUUUCCACUUCCUUGGCUCUUCUCUGCUUUGUAUUGUACAAGUUUAAACCGGCCUACUCGUGAAGUUUUCACCCUCAGGCCUCCUGCGUGAUUAUCCUUAUCACGAUCAGCAUGUAAAGGAAAGUGUGGAUGAAUAUAGCCUGCGUUUUGGGCCAUUUAAGUGCACUUGAUUUAACCCUCAUCAGUUUAAUUUCAGUCUUUGUAAAGUGGUAACAGUCCAAAGAAUCCCCUAGAUAAUUUCCAGAAGAACAAGUUUCUUCCUGUUUGUUAGACUAAUUUGUGUUGGUUGAUAGAAUAAAAUGUUGAAUGCUUAAUUCAAAUAGUGAAGUGCUUAUGAGAAAUAAUUUCUGCUUUCUAUUUUUUCUUUUGCUUUUAAUGCAAAAUAGCUAAUGGUUUCAGAAAUAAAACACUUGACUUACUGUGA